CUUGGAGAGACAUGCAAGCCCAAGUAUAAGAAAUCGAUCAAGUAUGGUUCCUAAGAACACCAUUGUUAUUGGAGUUCUGAUGAUGAUCAUGUUCCUGCUGGUUCUCUUAUUAUUGCCUCCAGCAAUGGCUUCCAGAGUCCUCCUGCUGGAGGUUGUAGCAAAACCAGAUGCUGUGGAUUGCCCACACGGAGGAAAUUAUCGUCAUCCACCACCAGGCCAGGAGGGAUGAAGAGGCGAUGGAUGGACUUUGACGAUGGAGUGAUCGUAUGUCACAUGUUGAUGUUGU